GCGCCACGUAGCGCAUCGAAGAGAUCCAGCAUCUUCUCCACCUCGCUGUAUCCAUCGGCCGCGUUCUUCGCAUCGGUCGAUCUCCCUCCUCUCCUCCUCCGUCGCGCCGCAGACGCCAACCCCGAUCCCGAUGGCCGCCUCCGCCUCCGCCGCCGGCGCCGGCGCCGGCAAGUCGCUGUUCCAGACCUUCCGCAAGUUCUUCAAGAAGCCGUGGGAGAUCACCGGCCCGUGCGCCUCCCCCGAGUACCGCAGCGCGCUCCCGGGCGCCCUGGAGUACCGCCACCGCUGCCCGGCCACCCUGACGAAGGACACGAUGGCCGUCGUGCCCACCUCCGAGCCCGAGACCGUCUACGACAUCAAGUACUACACGCGCGACCGCCGCCGUGACCGCCCGCCCGUCCGCCGCACCCUCCUCCGCAAGCCCGACCUCGAGCGCUACAUGGCCGCCAAGCAGUUCGACCCCGCCAAGGACUUCCCCGUGCCUUACGUGAACACCGCCGUGGAGGAGGACUACGACGCCGUCGGCGGCGGCUACCAGAAGUGAUGGUCGAGGUAUCUACCUUUCUUGUGCUUGCACUUCGUCAGAAGUUGCAUUGUCUUCAUUUGUGCCCUUGAAAUCCAUUUUGUAUUUCAGAGGAAAAAAAAUCUGGUUGUAAGAGAUGAUGGCGGCAAUAAUAUGACACCUGUGGACUUUGCUGAAUGUAUCUUUCUUGUAAGUUGUAUCCUAAAACUUGGAACUACCUGAUGCUGAUGCUUUGGUAGUAUGGUUCAAUGAAAGAUGAAAUGUUUCCUUCUGUAA